AUGAGUGGUAUGCAAACAGCAGGGGAUAUCCCCAUGAUUGUCAAGUCAGAGAACUCUGGAUCAGAGCGUCGUAUUACUCCAUCUUGGUCCAUUGGUCAACUAAAAUCAAAACUCGUACCCGUGACCGGUAUCCCUUCCUCAGAUCAAAAACUCACUUUGUGGAUCAACAAUCAACAAUCUGUCGACAUCCAAGCUCUGGAUGAAGAGAAUACACAACUGACAAACUUUCCUCUGGCACCACACGCCGUUAUUCACGUAACUGAUACUCGCGCCCCUGGUCUCCGUGAAAAUUAUACCGAUGUCUCUGCAGUCGAGAAAUACACUCUUCCCGUAGAAUCCUACGAGAAACGCACCGACAGUGUUCUUGCGUGGAAAAAGAAUGAAAAGCUCGGACGAUUCAACCCUGAUGCUCCAACUCUCCUUGAUGCCAAACUUGCUGUCUACGAUAAUGAGAUCAAAGCCAAAGGUAUCUCUGUAGGCAAGAGAUGUAGAGUUGGAGAAGAUGAUUCCAGAAGAGGUGUAGUGAUGUAUGUGGGUGACGUUGCAGAAAUCCCUGGCGGGGCAGGAAAAUGGAUCGGAGUUAAACUAGAUGAACCUGUCGGAAAGAAUGAUGGCAGUAUAGCUGGAAAGAGAUAUUGGGGUAACGAUGGCGAUGGAAAAUUCGGCGUUUUUGUUAGACCUGAGAGAGUGACAGUGGGAGAUUUUCCAGUAAUGGACGAUUUCGAGGACAUGGAGGAAAUGUGA